UCAAUCAUUGUCAGUUGCACUGGUUUUAUCUGAAACGAAUUACAAAUUGACAUCGACUCUGAUAUUUUCCAUCUGCCUUUCAUUCGUUACGUGUACUUGCUUAAACAGUGGGUGUUUUGUUACCUGCUGCCUCAUGGAUGCUUGAUGCCAGGACAGCUGUCUCAGACUUACAGAAAUUCUGUGCAUAUGUUCUGUUCUGAUGGAUGAUGCCAGCCUCAAGUGAAACAGAAAAUAUGGAGGUUAUGUCCUCUGAUGUAGAUACAGGUCACGUAGAAAUUGACUUGUCAUCUCGUGACCUUCAGAGUAUACCAGAGGACAUUCUCAUCAGGUCAUCAUCACAGGUCAAACAAAUGCUUCUUGAUUACAAUGAUCUUGAGUCAUUACCUGAACAUUUUUCAAAGUGUUUCCCCAGUUUGGAAGUGCUUUCUCUCACAGGAAAUGAAAUCACAUUUUUGCCAUCAUUGACUGGAUGUAAAGGUUGUUUACGAGAGUUACACUUAAAUGAAAAUUGUAUGACAAUACUGUCUGAGUCAAUUUGUGAUUUAACUCAUCUCCAGGUACUGAAAGCAACAGGAAAUAGCCUGAAAAUUUUACCAGACAAUAUUGGUGAACUUAGAAAUCUUCGAAUAUUAUGCUUGGAUGACAACAAGUUGGAAAGUCUCCCAAGCACAAUAGGUCUGUUGGAAAAAUUAGAAAUACUUGAAUUGGAGGAAAAUAAGAUAGAUCACAUAACUGAUGGGAUCGGACAAUUGAAAUGUUUACACGUCCUAAAUUUAUGCAGCAAUAAACUAAAGGCAAUUCCAGAAACAUUAGGUGAUUUGAAAAAUUUGGAAGCUGUAGACUUGUCAGGGAAUUUUCUUAAGUCUCUACCAUCUCACUUCAACUCUGCUUGUAGAUUGAAAAAAUUCUAUGCUGAUAGAAACCAGUUGGCAGAAAUGCCAGACUGGAUAGCAGAUCUGUAUGAAGCUGUUGAGCUUUCCUUGAAGGAUAACAAAUUCCACAAGGAACCAUUCUCUGAACAAUUUGGAGGAAACUGCAAAAAGCUUAAACUACUUGACUUUGGAGGUAACUUCAUGACUAAACUACCAGACUCCAUUGGAAAACUCACAAAUUUGGAAAAGUUUUAUCUUGGAAGUGUGAUAGAUGAACUUGAAAGGUGGGCUUUCCAAAAUGGCAACUGGCUGAGCUAUUUACCAAAUAGCAUUGGAGAUUUAGUGAAUCUUAAAGAAAUCCAUUUAAAUGAAAAUUUGUUUCAAGCUCUCCCAGAAGAGUUUGGAAACUUAGUGUGUCUUGAAUACCUAGAUUUGGGUCAAAAUCUGGUAAGUGAUUUGCCAGAAUCAUUUGGGAAUCUAAGGUCUCUGAAGUUUUGCCAGUUAUCAAAAAACAAGCUGCAACUUCUCCCAAGUUCAUUUGGAAAUCUGACUGCAUUAGAAGACUUAAGAUUAGACAACAAUUUGUUAGAAGAGCUUCCAGAAUCAUUCAGUGGAUUGGUCAAUCUCAAAACCCUGGACUUGUUCAAUAACAAACUUACAGAAAUUCCCACAGCUAUAGAACACUUCACCAAGCUAGUCCGUAUGGAUUUGAAUGAGAACAAGCUGCCCAUGCGAUGGCAAGAUGUUCCCAGUCUAAGGAAGAAGGUUAUCUAUGCUAAACGUGACCCAAACCUGAGCAACAACUGGCGUGGGCGACCCCGUCAGGAUCUUGUCAUUCCCGAAGAUAACACCAAGGGGGAAGCUGACAAGGUCCCAGUGAUAGAGAGGGAUGAUAGUGAAGGGAGUGAGGAUGAUGAGAAGGAAAAGCAGAAUAAUAUCAAUGGUUAUUCCCAUGAUCUGUACCGACGAGCUGCAGAGCUUAAUCUCUCUUCCUCAUUCUGGCGUAGUCACACUGGCCCCCAGAAACGAGAGAAAUUUGUCCGUCCCUAUGACAAGGGCUACACAAGAUACAGCCCAGAAACCUCAGUCACAGAGACAAGCAGUGAUGAUGAUAGUGACGAAUUGAAUGGAGAUGAUGACUAUGAACCGCCACCCUUUUUUCCGAAAACAAAAAGACGAGGGAAUGAAGAAGAACCUGUGCCUAAGACAGCAGAACCAGCUUCAGAGGAUCCAGCAGAACCUGUGGAAGACUGGGAUGCAGAGAUUGAGGAGAUAGAAGCAAAAAAUCCUUAUGAUGACUUCAAUAAUAUAUACCAGCACCCACAUCCAAAGACUUUGGAGGAAGCUGGUUAUGAGGUGGAUGAACAUCUUUUCCUGCCGUAUGAUAUCCACACAGAUCCUAUCAUUAAAUACAAAGUAGACUUUAAAACAGAGACUGGACAGUUUGAUGAUGUUGAUGAUGAGGAAGAAAACUGAUUGAUAACUUUUAAGUUUAAAUUUGAAGGAAUACAUUUUAACCUUUACACUGUCAUGGUACAGUGAAUUUGGAGUCUAAGGUCAGUACUGAUUUAUCAUGUAUUUUGUUUGAUUUGUAACAAAAUUGAUUUUUAGCAUUAUAUGCAAAAUGCAUUAACUUAAUGUGCCAAAAUUUAAGUAUAUAUUUAAUCAAUUAAGACAUGCUAUCACUGUCUACACGACCUGUUAGAAGAAAAUAUAUAUUGUUAUACACUGUAAUAGUCCUUUGUUAUAUCAAAUGUAGUUAUAAGACAGAGGCUGCAAAUAUUAAAAUCUGCUGUUGUUAUCAAUAAAUUUCCAAAUACAUUUUUAUUGCUUACCUUAUUUCUCUGUGAUCACCUCAUUGAUAUGGACAAUGAAUGGUCCUUAAUCUGUGCAGUUGAUCAUUUCUUGCAUCAAAAAAUCAUGCAGAUUCCUUUGGUUACAUUUACUAAGAAAACAAAACUUCCCUACCAUAAUUCAUGAUAGCUUCCUGUCUUGAGGUGAUAUGUGAUUGGAUUCUUUCUUGUGAAAGCCUUGUAAAUAUUUUCCCUUUUUUUUUGAAGAAAUGUUAAUCUCCUCAUGCCCUAAUGUUUACUCUUGUUGAAAUUAAUACCUAAAUAAAAGUAGUUUACAGGAAAAAUUCCUACUUAAUGGAGAAAGACCUUGAGACUAAUUAUUUGUCAACCAAUAUUAUGGAUUCAAGUACUUUUGUAUCAGUGGAAUGGAACUGAAGUUGAUGAAAGGAUAUUGUUCAAAUAUUUAUUGAUAUUGUUCCCACAUUUAAUUGUGAUAAAAUAAUAUCAACCUCUUAUGUAAAAUGUAAUAAUACUAUAAAUGAAAGUUUUACCAAUUUUAUUGAACAUAAGAUGUACAUGUACAUAUUUUUUGUUUUGUUUUUGAAACAAUGAU